CGUUCACUGACUUGUUAAUCCUCUGGACAGGUUGGGUCGUCUUUCUUUGUUGACGUGAGAAUGGCCUUACUGGGCGACGAUGGCCGCGGAUACGAGCUCGCGCGCAAACUCGAAUCUUGUGGGGUAUGGCGGACUUGGCUUGGCGACUCCACCUACGCUAACUUUGUUCAGUUCCUCGCUUCUCCCUCCACUUGGGAUUCCUUCAUCAGACCCGACGACUCUAAAUCUAGGGCUCAGAUUCAACUCCAACUCAGGGUCCGUGCCCUUUUGUUCGACAAAGCCACUGCUUCCCUCUUCUUCCGUUCCACUAAUUCGUCCUCAACCUCUCAAUCUUCACCUGUUUCAGACCUUACUCCUGCUUAUUUGCAGUUGCACGGUGAUGACGUCUACUUCACUCUGGAGAAUCCAUUGCAAGAUGGGGUUCAGCAUCGAGACGGAGGAGCUUCGUCUAAGAAUCAAUCAAAAUCAGGUUCUACAAUUGGGUCAAGGUAUGUUGAUUCCGAGCUUGAUAGCUUGUCCCAGAGAUACAGGAAUGAUGAGCUGCCUGAAACCUGGUAUAACCAGUUCAUUGAGAAUUACAAGGCUAACAAACCACAUAGGUUGAUCUUUGGGGAUAGGGAAUCACAGAAACGUUCAGCAGAGGAGAUGGCCUCUUAUCUUUUAUUCGCUAACAAUCAUAAGAAAAUGCGUGCGGCAUUUAAGGAAGAUCAGAACAUGGGCUUUGUGAAUUCAAGUAUGGAGCAUGCAUCUAACAUGCAGCCUAAUGGUGGCAAUUCUGUUGUCGAUGAUUCAUCCUUUUUUCCAGAAAUAAUGUUUGCAUUGAAUUGUGUACCUGAAAGUGCAUUGCCAUCUAUUAUCAGGGUGGAAAAUAACCAGAAAGUCAAGUUAAUUAGUGUUCUAGAUACCUUACCUUCUAUUACAACUAGGAGUCCUGUUAUGAUUGAGAGGCUUGGUAUUAGGCCAGAGUACCUAAACAUGGAACAUGGAGGAAGCUUGUCCCGGGGGAAAACUGGCCCUGAAGGAAACAGGAAACUUUUUGGUCAUGAGCAAGUGUCAACAAUGUCUCAAAAGGUUGUAGCACGUAUGUUGACUGGUUUUGGGUUUGAGGCUGCCAUGGAAGGUCCUAUAGAAGUCUUCUCUCAAUUAAUGAGCUGUCAUAUCAGUAAGUUAGGCAAAACUUUGAGAGUGCUUACUGAUAAUUACAGAAAGCAGUGUUCAGCCAUUGAACUUCUGAAGAUGUUGCUUAAAACAUCUGGUUAUAGUAACUUUGAGCCAUUGGUGGACCUCGUGAAGGCUGGCUCCAAGAAUAUGCUGCAGCAAAGUCUACCACAAAAUCAUGGUAUCCAGUCACAAGUGCAGCCACAGCAGCAGAGUGCUCUUCGAAUACCUCAGCAAAUGCCAAGACUGAUGCAUCCGCAGAUGCAGCAGAUUAUUCAUUCAAAUAAUGUGGCUUUCCAACAACAGCAACAACAACAGCAGCUAGAGAGAAUGCGAAGGCGCCAAGCACCUACCCCCCGCCCUGUUGUGGAUAUGGAUAAGGACAGGCCACUGGUUCAAGUUAAGCUUGAGGCCCCAUCGGACUUACCGAUGGAUACCAACACCUACAAUGCCAUUAAUGCCAGACAUCCUCAAAUGCAGUUCAGGCAGCAGCAAUUGGCUGCACUGUCAAGUUUCCAUUCCCAAGCUAACAAUCAGUUCAGACAAAUGGGUUCCCCGCAGAUUCCCUCAAUGCAGUCACCGAACAUGACCAUGGUUAGAGCGCCACCAGUGAAGGUGGAAGCCUUCCAGGAGUUAAUGGGUGGGGAUUCAUCUUCAAAGCACGAGUCAGAGGAAAGCAGACUGACUUCACCCAGUGGUAAAUAGCUUGCGUUAUAGUAAGUUGAUCUGGGCGCACAAAUCCAUGGAGGCCCUCAACUUGGGCUCUCUUUCAUACUUCGUUUUUGGCCCUUACUGUACAACAGCUUUUGCACCAGUUCAUUUUUUGUAUAUCAUCCCACAAUGCUUCAGUCAAGUAUCUCGAGGAUUUGUUCCUCGAAGUAUUUCUCCUGUAACAUGCACAAAUUCUCUACAAGGUUGCUCUGUAAUUAUUUCAAGUUUUCAACAUCAGUGCAAUGGUAGUGGCACAAUUUUGAUGCAUUUGCUUGCACUGUUCACGUGGUUCUGUACAAGUUUAAGUGGUGCAUGUAGCACCGCCUCCUUCAAUGUU